CUCUUUGUUGUUUUUGGUCUGUUUCAGGUCAACAGCGCUAAAUACCUGGGGCUGGUUUGGGACGACGACAACAAAACAAUGUUCCGAAUCCCCUGGAAACACGCCGGGAAGCAGGACUUCCGCAAAGAUGAGGACGCUGCCAUCUUCAAGGCCUGGGCGGAGUUUAAAGGGAAGCCGACGGACGGUGGCCAGGACAACCCGGCCGCCUGGAAAACCCGACUACGCUGCGCCUUGAACAAGAGUCCAGAGUUUGAUGAGGUGAUGGAGCGAGCCCAGCUAGACAUCUCCGAACCGUACAAGGUUUACCGGCUGGUUCCCCUCAACGAGCAGGGUUUGCUGGUUCCAGAGAAGAAAUGCAAAGAAAAACCCUCCCGUAAGCCGAAGAGGAGAAGAAGCAGUGAUUCGGGAAGCGACGACGGCAGUCAUAUGAAGCAGAUAAAGGCAGAAGAAGUCACGUCUCAGCUGAUGCCGUUGCUGACACUGUUGCCGUAAACUGUAUACAAAGAUGGACAAGCCAUACAUGAAGUCACCCUGGUUUCCUGGUUUCCUUGACUGCUAGUCACAGUAGUCCACUGAUUAGCCCAGUCCUAACCUUCACACUCACUGUGAAAA